CGCAGGUCCCGGGCGGCCGCCAUGGCGGCGCUGGCGGCGGCGCUGCGGGCCUGGGCGCGGGCGGUGGCGGGGCAGGACGCGGCCUGGCGGGCGGCCCUGGCGGCCUGGGCGCCGCUGCUGGGCUCGCUGGCCGGGCUGGCGGCGCAGAUGCGGGCAGCGCAGCGGGUCGGCUGGGACCGGUCGGCGCUGGGCGCCUUCGCGGAGCUGCGGGAGCGGCUGCGGCGGAAGCAGCGCGGCGCGGCCGAGGCGCUGCUGGAGGAGCUGGGCGGGCGGCGGGCGGAGCUGCGGGCCGUGCGGGACGCGGUGGGGGCCGGCGCGGCCGCGGUCUGGCGGCUGUACGAGGAGCGGGCGGCGGAGCUGGGGCUGGCGGGGGCCCUGCGGCGCGGGCCGCGCUGCCCCUCGCUGGCCGAGGCGCUGGAGGGGCUGCAGGACGUGGAGCGCUACUACCGGCACCUGUACCUGGAGAGCGACCUGCUCCUUCGCCGUGUCAGCUGUGACCGCCUGGCCGAGAUGGAAGCCCUCCCGCAGACCUGGGAGAGGAUUUUGGAGCGCUACAGGGACGAUGCAGUUGAAGACGCACUUCUGAAGAUCUCUCUGUUUGUGGACAACCAGCAGGAGCUGUGCUGCUCGCCAGGCUCCUGACAGGGCAGGAGGCCCUGACCCUGACCAGCUUCCCUGAGUGCCUGGUGUGUUCCCAGGUGGCCACGGAGGAGGAUGCACUGAGGAAGCUUUUGGGAGCUGC